CCGAAUAGAACAUCAUGGCGAUUGAUGGUGGAGAACGCAACUGUGGAGUACAUGAGCUCAUCUGUAUUAGAAAAGGUAGAGGCAGCAGUGCAGAUAACUAGAUUCCGUGUCAGAAGAGCAGAGAGACACGGUGCAUGGCACAAGAGACAGCGUUAGUGUCUCCAGAGGCGCUAGGAUUCCUGUCGGCCGUCGGAGUCUUCGUUAUCCUCAUGCUCAUCCUUUUUUUAUACGUCAACAAGAAGCUGUGCUUUGAGAAUGUCGGGGACCUGUCAUGCAUGGACGAGUACAGAACGGGCAAGGAUUUGAAAGAUAACAACUACCAGGAUGGGGACCCGCGAGGCUCCUCUUCGGAGAGCGAGGAUGAUGUGGUUGGAAAGUACAAGGAGGCGGUGUCCCGGUCCCAAGGAGGACGCGCCACAGACAGCCGGCAUCAGAAGGGAUACAUGUGGGAGACCAGGCACAAGUACAGCCCGCUGUCUGCAGAGUACGACGGCUACAGCAGUGAGGCAUCAGCCGAGGAUGUGAACUGUAUCCAGAGGAUGAGGCGCACACCCCCUCUGGACGAGCUCCAGCCACCCCCCUACCAGGACGAAGACGGCUCCCCGCGCCUGUCCUGCACCCCCUCUGACCUCGGGGACAGCAAGUGUGGUACGUCCCGCUGCAGCGGCAGCCCCCGGCACUCUUACAACAAGUGUCCCAGCGAGGGCAGCGCCGGCCACGAGACGGAGAGCUACCUCAACAAGGGCUACGAGGAGGACGUCCCCAGCGACAGCACCGCCGUCCUCAGCCCCGAGGACAUGUCUGCCCGUGGCUCUGCUGCUCAGCUCCCAAAAACCUACAAACCGGAGCUAGUGGCUAAAUACGGCACUCUGGAUGUGGUGUUUGAUUUCGACUCGGGGGAGCAGAGGCUCAUGGUAACGGUGACAGCAGUGACCGAUAUCCCUGCACUCAACCGGAUAGGUAACACCUCCUGGCAGGUGCACCUGGUCCUGCUGCCCACCAAGAAGCAGCGAGCGAAGACGGGUAUCCAGAGAGGACCCUGCCCCGUCUUCACUGAGACCUUCAAGUUCAACCGCAUCGAGUCCGAGAUGAUCGGCAACUACUCCGUGCGCUUCCGGCUGUACAGCAUCCGCCGCAUGAAGAAGGAGAAGGUGCUGGGAGAGAAGAUCUUCUACCUCACCAAGCUCAACCUGCAGGGGAAGAUGUCGGUCCCUGUCAUCCUGGAGCCUUGCUGUAAUCUCACUCAGGGCUGUGACUCUCAGAUGAGCACCUCAGAGUUGUCCUGCAGCGAAACCACCUCGUCCUGCCAGACGCUGGCACACAACUCCACACCGGAGAUCCUUGUAGGCCUUGUCUACAACGCCACCACUGGCAGGCUCUCAGUAGAAGUCAUUAAAGGCAGCCACUUCAAAAACCUGGCAGCCAAUAGACCACCCAAUGGGCUGUUCUGUUGUCUAAAACACUUGAUAGGUGGACAGGUUUAUAUAAUCAGAGAUACCUAUGUUAAGUUAACCUUGUUGAACUCUAUGGGACAAGAAAUGUCCAAGUGUAAGACAUCCAUCCGACGCGGCCAGCCCAACCCCAUCUACAAGGAGACUUUCAUUUUCCAAGUGGCGCUAUUCCAGCUGUCCGAUGUGACUCUCGUUCUCUCUGUCUACAACAAGCGGAGCAUGAAGCGCAAGGAGAUGAUUGGCUGGAUCUCCCUGGGUUUCAACAGCUCGGGGGAAGAAGAGCUCAACCACUGGACUGAGAUGAAGGAAUCAAAAGGACAACAAGUGUGUCGGUGGCACACCCUGCUAGAAUCCUAGGGAGAGGGGAUCGCUUCUCAGGGCGGGGGAGCCCGGGUGCUGGGGAGGGGGCUUUACCGGCUCGGGUGAAAAAGCAAACACAACAACAACAAAAACAUGUGUGUUUUCUCCAGACAUGCUGACACCUUGUAGACACCUGCUAGGCAUUGCAAAGUAUACAAGCUAGGACACACACCAGAAGUCAAGGAACCAACAAGCACUCCAUUUCUUAAGGGAUCCAAGGUAUUUCUGCUCUACAGCAGUGCCUGCUUGUUUUAUAAGCAGAGAAUAAUCCCCAUUCUCGGGCGGGUGAAGUGUACAGGGUAGCAUUUUGAGCAUGCGUGCCAACAGACAAAAAGGAUCUCUCCAGAUGCUGUGGUUGCAAAGUGGAGAUCUGUUUUGUUGGCAAGGCGGUCCUUGGACCAUGGAAGCUUGCAGACAUGGCACACAUGAUCCUUGUGCUGGAGUGUAAUAGAUGACUAUACAGGGUAGGAGGUUUUGACAGGAUGGCAUGCAUGCUCAGUACAUGUUGUCUUAUCCCCACACUGGGGUUGGGAAAUAGGCCAGGGUACUAGGGUUUAGUUCUCUUUUUAAAUGAAUUUAUUUUGUAAUGUCAGCAGUAGGAGUUACAGCUCUAGCAGCACCUCCAACAGGACAGAGCACUGAACGUUGAGAUGAACUGUAGAUAGAUGAUGUCAGUCUAGGUUCUUCCCACUGAGAAGGAGUCUAGUCUCUCAUGACCUGGCCAAGGGAGCAGGCUUGCUACACACCGAAAAUCACCAAACAUUAAACACAUCUUUUUCCCCUUUUUAUGAUAAUGUUUUUUUUUUAAUUUUUUCACAGUUAGGAACAUUCCCUGGCCUACGGUCUUGUGUCUCAAGUUAAACCACAACUGUCAUAGACACUAGAUGCUAGAAAGGAAAGACAGGCACUAGAUUUUUCAUCUUGGUCAUUGUAAUGGUGCUGUUUCCAAUAUAACCCCUUUUUGUUGCUGACACUUCCUCCUUGCCCACACAAGAUGUUAAUUCAGUAGGAAUAUUCUUUUGUUUUCAUUAAAUCAAGGAAAAGGCUGUUAUAUAUUCUUGAGCUUCUACUUGUAACAGUAAGACUUAAUACAAUUAUUCUACAUUAUUCAGUUUUAAUCCUUAGGAGGCCACUUUGUAGGUGGUGAUGUUUAAUCCCUACACAUGGCUUGAAACUCAAACUAGACCUGGGUUUGUAGAACUACCUUUAAUUAAGCACAUUAUUUAUUUAAAAUAUCAGGGACCAGAAGUUUGAUUUGAAAUAAAGUACACCUACAGACUCAGGUGUGAUUUAUCCAUGACUUGAUAUAUUUGAUUGCAGCUGGUCAUUUGCAUAAUAUACCUAUUAUUAUUAUUUAUUUAUUAGCAGACGCCCUUAUACAGGGCGACUUACAAUCGUAAGCAAAUACAUUUCAAGUGUUACAGUACAAGUAAUAAUACAAUAAGAGCAAGAUAAAUACAAUGACUUUGGUUCAAGCAAGUACAAGUGUGACAAAAUACAAUUCAAUAAUACAGCAGAUAACAGUGACAGUGAUAGUUAAACAAGCUUCUGAAACUGGGGCAGGGAUAGUGAACUCUGAGUAUUGCACUUACAGGAUUUUAACAUAACUGAUGUUCCUGGUUCAGUCAGUGGUUAUGACUUUUAUUAGAACUGGACCGAGAUCGUGCUCUGAACUCGUCUCUCAUGUCUCCUGACUACGACCUUAGCCGUGACCAUUGGAUAACCAUCCAAGGGUUUAAAAAUUCUCAGUGUGACUCUCCAAUGAAAUGUCCUUGUACCCAAGGGCUUAUUCAGAGUCAUUGGGUAGCUCAGAGGAAUUAAACCUCUCAUGACUUGACCUUUUGAGGGAGUCAGAAGUUGUAAACACUUGGUUUCCAGAGGUUCUUGGUGGUGGGUACUAUGAAUUGUACUAGGGUAGUUUUUGGUAUUUGGUACUUUUUUAAAACCACUAAAAGAGAGUAUUGUCAUCAUUAUUUUUUUAUUUUUUUUUUAGGGCUGGUGAGGGAAUGUCGUAAUCCCACAGUCCUAUCAAACAAGCUGAUUAAGCUUUGGCAGCACUCUUUAGACAAAUGGGUUUAGUAAUAAGUGUGUUUACAGCCCAGACUGAAGUUAGAACGGUGACCUUGGUUUAGUUGUCUUCAAGCACAAUAGGCCUCAGAUUAUACCUGCUUAUGUUCCGGGUACCACAAAGCAGCAUGGCUGCUCAACAGAGUCUAUAUGUAAAAAGAUGCUUAAAUUCACGUCUCAUGUACUUCUGACUGGUAGUAGUACGCACACUGUUACUAAGCAGUUGUUUAGUUGUUCUUUUUGGUAAGGGAAAAACCUUUUUAUAUACAUUUCUUACAAGGUAACAUGACACAAACAGCAGAAUGCCCGUUCUUUAUUUUACACUUAUCUGACCUUUUUUAAUCCUUUCAGUCUGGAAUUAUUUUUGUCAAAAUUAAGUUCUGUAAUUCUAAAAGGAAUUCCUUUAUUGAGUAUACAUAUAUUUAUACACUACAUCAGACUGGGACCUAGGAGUCCCGUGAGGUUCCAACAUAUGUUAACAUACAGUGCUAAGAUAAGGACUGAAACUUUACUGUACAAUUUCACACAGCAGUUUUCUUGGGCUCACUUUCUCCAGUGGUUGCAAAGCUCUUUAGCAGUGCCCUCAACGUCUUUUCACUUAAUGAUCCAAGCCCUAGAAAUUGAACGAUUUUGAGUUUAGUAAAGAUGACAGUGACAUGGGUGUAGAAGGGGCGUCACUGUAGACCAAGUUAACUGUUCCAAGAUUUGAUAGGUCUGCACCCGUGAAGUUCAAAGAUCCUUGCAAGAUCUUGCUAGAGGUGUGUCAUUCACUGCAUCUGCUUUUGAUAACUCAAUCAAUUAUUCAAAGUUACUUCAGUAUACCCAUAGUUUUCUCCUGUAUAUUCUAUUAAAGUUUAAUUGUGCAAAAGGACAAAGAUUCACCUUUCAAGCUAGAGCUUCCUGCUUCUUCUACAUUUGCCCACUAACUGUUGGAAAACCCUUGCAUACCACAUAACCCUUAUAUUCAAGGGAAUACCAACACUAUAGAGGCUUUUUAAAAAAAAAUUCUAUAGAUACUGUACCAACAGGCAUCUCAAACCCUGAUUUACAAAUGAUGGGGGAUAGGUGGGAAAGUGGUUUCAAGUGUGGUUUGGCAUCCUAGAUUUUAUGUUGGCCACUCAAUAAUAAAUGAUUCCUUAAGUCUUAGGUAUUAGACCUUUUUUUCUUUUACAAACAGUUUUUUAGGUCACCAAGUAGUAAUUCUGGUCUUUCUGUGUCUAUUAAAUACAAGAACUUUUCUUUGCACCAGUUAUAGCAGUACAGCAGGUAAAAUAGUAGUUUGUAGUUUCCCUUCCUGCUGGAUCUCUUUCUUAACUUUUCUCUGGUGAUCCCUUCUGACUUUCCUGUGUGGUUCUGCAGCUCUCUUUGAUACUGUUUAAGACUCCAUCAAGACACUCAGGGGGGCUCAUUUCAGGAAAUCUUAGGCUUAUGCUUCAUAAUUUCCCUGAGAACAAACUAACACUUGAUUAAUGAACUCGGCAUCUCAGUAGUGGUGCAGUAGGCGGUGUGUUAGCAAGGACGUGAUUUUAGUAUAGCAUCAAAAUACCAAAUCAAGUGUGGAAAAAAAUUAACAAAAAACAAAACAAUUUAGUUUAGGAUUCUGUUAGGAAGUAGUUAUAUUUUUGGAAACAGGUUAAUGCUAUUGCCAGUAAUAGCCUUUUAAAGAUUUUUGCUACAACUUGUUAUGAUACUG